AACAUUGGGGGACAUAGUGUGAGGAAAAUGGACAUUGAAUAUGAACAUUGUGGGGCAUUAAGAUGGAAGGGAGAAAAACCAGGACUUUGUUGCAUGAAUGGUGAAGUUGUAUUAGCACCACUUCAAGCACCAUCACCAGAAAUUCUUUAUUUUCUUACAGAAAAAGAUCCAAUAUCUAAAGUAUCAUUUGUUGAUAAAAUAAGAGC